AUGAAGGAACUUCUCAAAAGCUUUUUAUCUGAUCACUUCGACGUAACCAGAAACAAAGUACGCGUUGCUGUCGUGAAAUAUGGAGAAACUGCGGAAGUGCCCGUUUCGCUUGGUGACUACGACUAUGCGGAUGAUCUUUUGCAUCGGAUAAGCGAAGCAAAGCGCGUGAAGGGAAAACCGCUGCUUGGAUCAGCACUCAAGGAGGUUGCUGGAGAAAUUCUUAUUUCUGGAACGGAUGAAGUGCCGAAAUUCGUGCUAUUGUUCAAGAAUGGUGUUUCUUCGUGA